UUAUUAACCUUUAACGUUAAAUAACGUCCGGCCGGCCAUCAUCUCUUCUGUAAUCAUUCUCUGACAGAUAGACGCUAGAUUUACGUUACCUUCCCUCGCUCGUGCCUCGUGUUGGUGGUAGUUUAUAUGAACUUUAGUUGAACGCAAGUGUGUGUUUCCUGAUAUCUAUAAAACUUUUAACUUAUUGACAACCACGCAUUAACAAAAAAACAAAAUGAGUAAAGCUCACCCUCCAGAAUUAAAGAAGUUCAUGGAUAAGAAGCUGUCCAUGAAGCUAAAUGGUGGACGCCAUGUUCAGGGGAUACUGCGAGGUUUUGAUCCAUUCAUGAACAUCGUUCUUGAUGAGAGUGUUGAGGUCAAGAAAGACGGGACUCAGAAUAACAUUGGAAUGGUGGUAAUCAGAGGAAAUUCGAUCAUAAUGUUGGAAUCACUGGACCGGCUUUAGCAUCCUCCUCGCUAAUGUUACCUUGUUAAUAAUAAGUUUAUUUGAAAUUUUUUUUUAUGUAACCUUUUAUAAAUAAAUUUUCAUCAUCUAAA